AUGGCGGGGUCCGUGCGCACCGCGUGCUUCGUGGCCGCGAUGCUGCUCCACUUGGACCUCCCGGGACAGGCGCAGCCUCCACCCCCACCAGACGCCACCUGUCACCAGGUUCGCUCCUUUUUCCAGAGACUGCAGCCCGGACUCAAGUGGGUGCCCGAAACCCCCGUACCAGGAUCAGAUUUGCAAGUAUGUCUCCCCAAGGGCCCAACAUGCUGCUCAAGGAAGAUGGAAGAAAAAUACCAAAUAACGGCACGUUUGAACAUGGAACAACUGCUUCAAUCUGCAAGUAUGGAGCUCAAGUUCUUAAUUAUCCAGAAUGCUGCAGUUUUCCAAGAGGCCUUUGAAAUUGUUGUUCGCCAUGCCAAGAACUAUACCAAUGCCAUGUUCAAAAACAACUAUGCAAGCCUGACCCCGCAAGCUUAUGAGUUUGUAGGUGAAUUUUUUACCGAUGUGUCUCUCUACAUCCUGGGUUCUGACAUCAAUGUGGAUGACAUGGUCAAUGAACUAUUUGAUAGCCUGUUUCCAGUUAUCUAUACCCAGUUGAUGAACCCAGGCAUCCCUGAGCCAGCCUUAGACAUCAAUGAGUGCCUCCGUAGUGCAAGACGUGACCUGAAAGUAUUUGGGAAUUUCCCCAAGCUCAUUAUGACCCAAGUUUCCAAGUCACUGCAAGUUACUAGAAUCUUCCUCCAAGCCCUGAAUCUCGGAAUUGAAGUGAUCAACACAACUGAUCACCUGAAGUUUAGUAAGGACUGUGGCCGAAUGCUUACCAGAAUGUGGUACUGCUCUUACUGUCAAGGACUGAUGAUGGUUAAGCCUUGCGGUGGCUACUGCAAUGUGGUUAUGCAAGGCUGCAUGGCAGGUGUGGUGGAGAUUGACAAGUACUGGAGGGAAUACAUUGUGUCCCUUGAAGAGCUGGUGAAUGGCAUGUACCGAGUUUAUGACAUGGAGGAUGUUCUGCUUGGACUCUUUUCGACCAUCCAUGAUUCCAUCCAAUAUGUCCAGAAGAACGGAGGGAAGCUGACCACCACCAUUGGAAAGUUGUGUGCCCAUACUCAACAACGCCAAUAUAGAUCUGCUUAUUAUCCUGAAGAUCUGUUUGUUGACAAGAAGGUACUGAAAGUUGCUCAUGUGGAACGUGAAGAAACCCUGUCUGGCCGCAGAAAGGAACUGAUUCAGAAGCUGAAGUCGUUCAUCAACUUCUAUAGUGCUCUGCCUGGCUACAUCUGCAGCCAUAGCCCUGUGGCUGAGAAUGAUACCCUUUGCUGGAAUGGACAGGAACUUGUGGAGAGAUACAGCCAGAAGGCGGCGAGGAAUGGAAUGAAGAAUCAGUUCAACCUCCAUGAGCUGAAGAUGAAGGGCCCUGAACCAGUGGUUUCCCAAAUUAUUGACAAGCUGAAGCACAUUAACCAGCUCCUGAGAACCAUGUCUAUGCCCAAAGGUAGAGUUGUGGAAAAGAACCUUGAUGAAGAAGGGCUUGAAAGUGGAGACUGCGGUGAUGAUGAAGAUGAGUGCAUUGGAGCCUCUGGCGAUGGAAUGAUGAAAAUGAAGAAUCAACUCCGCUUCCUUGCUGAACUGGCUUAUGAUCUGGAUGUGGACGAUACUCCUGGAAGCAAGCAACAUGUGAAUCAGAAUGAGAAUGAGAUCGUCAUCAUCUCUCGCAACGGUGGGAAUGGCCCUUCUCCCCUGAAGAUUCUAACCAGCUUGGUGAUCUAUGUGGUGUGCUUUUUCUUCCUGAUGUACUGA